AUGUCUGUAAGCCCAUCAAUCACGUCGGUUUCCUUUGAACAACAUGCCACAGGACUAGGCAUCGGAAUCCCCAGCCCUCGCAUCUCGUGGAAGUUCGCCGCCACCGAACACACCGUCCCUGAUUGGGAACAGAAAUCAUAUGAAAUCGAGAUUCAGCGUGGUAGUUCAAGUCCAGAAUCAUACCAUGUCAAUGCAUCAAAGUCCGUUCUUGUGCCCUGGCCGAGUCAGCCUCUCGUUUCCCGCGAAUCAGCCCAGGUCCGUGUUCGAUCCCACGGCGGUCCAAGCAGUGAGCCAACAGAAUGGUCGAGCUGGACAAGUGUGGAGUGUGGCUUGCUGAGUCCUCAGGACUGGACUGCGCGUGCGAUCACUAGUCCUGCCAAGCAGGCCGAAGGACCUUUACGUCCCCUUCGCUUGCGGAAGACAUUCAAGCUUUCUGCAACUGCUUUGCAAGAUGCCCGUCUCUAUAUAACCAGCCUGGGCGUCUUCCAAGCUUAUAUUAAUGGUAUCCCGGUUGGUGAUCAUUGCAUGGCACCGGGGUGGACGAGCUACCACCACCGACUGAACUAUGAGGUCUUUGAUGUAGCAUCGUUGUUGCGGGCGAAUGAAGAAAAUGUCAUCGCAGUCGAACUUGCCGAAGGCUGGUAUGCUACACGAUUGGGGUUCCUUGGUGGUCAGCGAUUUAUUUAUGGUGAUGAAAUGGCAUUGAUCGCCCAGCUAGAGAUCAAUUCUGUGCAGGACAAGGUGUCUGUUGUCUCCGAUGCGUCGUGGAAGUGCCACGCAUCGGCACUCAUCACCAGUGAGAUUUAUGAUGGAGAGGUCUAUGAUGCUCGCGAAGACCAGAAAGGAUGGAAUACUCUUUCGUUCGAUCAGGAAUCUUCUUGGGAUGCCGUUCGUGAGACUGAAUUCCCCAAGACGGAAUUUGUGGCACCCAAUGCGCCCCCAGUGAGAGUUACGCAGACCGUGAAGCCUAUAGAAAUUAUCACAACGCCUUCUGGAAAGAAGAUUGUCGACUUUGGUCAAAAUCUCGUAGGUCGGGUCCGCAUUCCUUCUCUUGUCAACCCUACCGGCCACACCGUGACUCUUAUUCAUGCCGAAGUCCUCGAGAAUCAAGAACUCGGCAUUCGUCCACUUCGCAUUGCCAAGUGUACCGAUACUAUCAUCUCUGCUGGUAGCGAGAUAUUUGACUGGUCACCACGCUUCACCUUCCAUGGCUUCCGAUACGUCCAGAUCGACGGCUGGACUCCUACUCUCGAAAAUCUUGUUGCAGAAGUAAUGCACACAGAUCUCCAUCGAACAGGCUGGUUUAACUGCUCACACGAAAUGAUCAAUAAACUCCACGAAAAUGCUACCUGGAGCAUGCGCGGAAACUUCCUCUCCCUUCCCACUGACUGUCCUCAGCGGGAUGAGCGUCUAGGCUGGACAGGUGAUAUCCAAGUCUUCGGACCCUCCGCCAGCUUUCUAUACAACACAGCCGGCAUGCUCGGCGACUGGCUCAAAGACCUCUCAGCAGAACAACUAGCCCAUGACCACGGAAUUCCACCCUUCGUCAUCCCAAACGUAAUCCCGGAAGCCCUCUGGCCUACAUUCCCUCAAGCCGUCUGGGACGAUGUCACAGUCCUUCUCCCAUGGACCCUCUACCAAAGCUACGGAGACACAGAAUUCCUCCGCCGCCAGUAUCCCAGCAUGAAAGCCUGGGUCGACGUCGGCAUCCUCCGCGGCCCAGACAACCUCUGGGAAGACACCAUCUUCCAGCUAGCAGACUGGCUCGAUCCCACCGCACCCCCCGAUAACCCGGGUAACUCACGUACAGAUGGAACACUCGUCGCAGACGCAUAUCUCGUCCAUGUCACACGCACUCUCGCAUCAAUCAGCAAAAUCAUUGACGAAAAAUACGACGCUGAACGUUACGAAGCGGAUUACCAUACACUCAAAUCCCGCUUUCAGGCUAAAUACGUCUCCUCUACCGGCCUUCUCGUCGGCGAUACCCAAACUGCCCUCGCACUGGCCAUCGUCUUCGACCUUAUAGAUGACCCUGCUCAGCUUGCAACGGCAGGAGAACGUCUCGCGCGUUUAGUUCGGAAAUCCAGAUUCCAGGUCUCGACCGGUUUCGCGGGUACACCUAUUAUCACGCACGCUCUUACAAAGGCGGGAUAUCCUCAGCUUGCAUACAGGAUGCUUCAGGAGAAAUCCUGUCCGUCAUGGAUGUACCCCAUUACCAUGGGCUCGACGACAAUCUGGGAGCGGUGGGAUAGUAUGCGUCCGGAUGGAAGUAUCAAUCCGGGUGAAAUGACAAGUUUCAAUCAUUAUGCGCUUGGGUCAAUUAUCAAUUGGCUGCAUGCUACCGUUGCGGGUGUUAGUCCACUUGAGCCUGGGUGGAGAGAAGUUCUUGUCAAGCCUGUUCCUGGGGGCACUAUUACCUCUGCUGAAGUUUUUUAUGAGACAGCUUAUGGAAAGUUGGAGUGUUCAUGGGUUCUAGCCGACCAGUGCUUCAAGUUACAGCUUGUUAUUCCGCCAAAUUCCAGGGCGAAAGUUGUUCUUCCUGGUGAUAAGGAUGAGAAGUUGAUUGGAUCUGGGCGGUAUACGUUUGAGACAAAGUUCGAUAGUCAAGUUGGAUGGCCACCGAAGGCACUUGUUCCUCCUAUGUUCCACCCCGAGGACUCAUUUGUCUGA